UACCCUAGUGUCUAACAGUUUUACAACACGUGAAUUUUCGUUUCAAAUUGAUGUCUGGGUGAGCAAACAGGACAAAGGAAGUUUUAAAUAUGGAUUCAGCUUGGACAAUGGAUAAAUCCAAAUGACAAAAAAUAGUAUUUCAUGGCAAGAUAAAAAGAAAAGCAAAAAUAAUAUGCAAUCCCACGGCAUGGGCAUAAUUCCAUGCGCUGCCAAGUUGGUCACCUCUGGCCUUUGAGGAGAUGGACCUGUUGUGAGAAUGACAGAUGACAACAACAAAGCAAAAGCUGUAAAAUAAAAAUAAAUACCGCACCGAACCAAACCAAAAUCAACGCAAUCAACCGGAACGAAUAUUAGAUAAAUAGAAGCGCCUGGCUGGUAGAAUCUGGUACUUACACCCUAUGUUCUAUCGCCGACUUUGAACUGUCGAAGCUUUGAAACUAAACAACUACCUCAGAUUCUGAGCCGAAUCUUGCACAAUUCGACGUAACAGUGAAAAGCGAUGUUCAAAGUUUCCCAUAGCAAUGCAGUUUACAAAGUUUUGCAGGCACAAGUGAGGUAUACACAUCGAACGCACUACAAUGUGUUAAAGCUACAACCGAACUGUUCAGCGAGGGACGUUCGAACAGCUUUCAUUCAACUUUCGAAAGAACUACAUCCUGAUGCGAAUGUAAGCAACCAGGCAAAAUAUGACAAAAAAUCGUUUGUUGAGCUUCUGGAAGCGUACAAAGUUCUCAGCAAACCGGAAAGCAGAGCAGCUUAUGAUUACGAACUAUCGCUUAGCAAGAAUCCCGGUAAUCAGGUGUUCCAUAGACCAUGGGCUGCGAAUACGAUGCAUUAUAGCAAUGAGGAACAGCCCUACUACGGAAUAAAGGGGGUGAAAAAGGUCAGCAAUUGGACAAUUGUGUUAUGCUGCGGAAUUUUCAUGCUGGUCGGCAUCGUACUGCAGGCUGUUGCAAUCAACAAAUCGUUCACUUUUCAACGAGAUCAGCUAGAUGAAUACUCAAGGCAGAAUGCGAUCACCCAUGCUGAGGUUCGCGAGGAGGCGGAAAAAUACGGAAACAAAGCACAGAUAGAGCGCAUGAAAGCAAAGCUGAACAAGGAAGGAAUGUGGUAGAAAUGUGUAAAUAGAGUUUUGUUACAAUGAUUUACAAAAUGUAAAAAUAUAUUUGUAAAUAAUAAAAUAUAGCAGUGGUGUAUUAGAUAGCUAUGAAAAUAGUCGUU